AUGAGAUUGCUUGCCCCGUUUCUUUUCGGUGGCCUCACUACCGUUGCCGGCGCAGCUUGCAUAUCCGGCCAGAGCCUUUCAGUCACCGCGAGCACAGGCAUCUUCACUGGGCUCCUCAACCCAACUUACCCAAAUGUUCGCGAAUUUCGCAAUGUUCCAUAUGCUCUUCCUCCAACAGAUGAACGCCGCUGGCUCCCCCCUCAGAAGCUUCCGACCUCAAACAAGCAUUAUGAUACCACUCAAUAUCCGCUUUCAUGCCCACAGUUUGUGAGCAGGGUCAAGUCGGUGUGGAGUGAGCAGAUUCCGGAAUGGUUGAUCUUUGAUGGCGGUGAAAGCACCAGUGCCGGCCUGUAUGCGUACGGGACGUCUGAAGAUUGCCUGAGUCUGGCCAUUUGGACUCCACUCAAUGCCACGGCGGCUUCCAAGCUCCCGGUGAUUAUGUUCAUGACAGGAGGUAUGUCCCCUUUGAGAGAUCCUUUCGUCGUUCUGACAAGCCCUUCAGGAGGCAUGGUAACUGGAGGAGUCAAUAUACCGAUCCAAAUACCGGCUGAAUGGGUAGCUCGAAGCCAGAGCCAUAUUGUGGUAACCAUCAACUACCGGGUGAACAUCAUGGGCUUCCCCAACGCGGCAGGAUUGACAACUCAAAACUUGGGCCUUCGAGAUCAAAGAGCAGCACUCGAAUGGCUCCAGGCCAAUAUUGCCAGCUUUGGUGGUGAUCCAACCGCUAUAACGCUCUGGGGGCAAUCAGCAGGUUCUCGUUCGACCGACUAUUACAAUUUUGCUUACUAUAAAGACCCUAUAGCACGCGGCUUCUUCAUGGAAUCUGGAACAGCAUUAUCAAGCACUGCGAAUGCUGACGUCGAUGGCACCAACUUCACAUUUGUGGCACGCAGUCUCGGGUGUGACUUUCCAACCAACAAGACUGCUGAGUUAGAAUGCAUGCGAAGAGUUUCUGUCAGUGAGAUCGAGAACUUUGUUGGUCAGUACCAGGACAAUUCAAGCACAACAAACACUGGUCAGGCCCCAAUCGCUUUCACCCCAAUUGCGGACGAGGACGUCGUCUUUAGUAAUUACACUGCCCGAUAUCAGGCUGGUCAGGUUGCGAGAGUGCCGGCUAUAAUUUCGAACACCGCCAACGAGUAUGCAUCACUGGCACCGUAUCCAUUGAACAAUCUCACCGCAGGCCCUAAUCCACAAGCAGUGUCGGCAGGUACUCUCAACACCGUCUGCGGCAUUUCAAACUCAAGUCUGCAGCGCAACGACCUGAACAUCUCUACCUUUCGGUAUGUCUAUGGCGGGAACUUCUCCAACAUCAAUCCGCUGUGGUGGAUGGGCGCAUAUCACGCCGCAGAUCUGGCCAUGAUGUUUGGGACAUAUGGUAUCAGAGCUGGAGAGGUGUCACAACUGGAAAUCGAGACGAGUGCCGCCAUGCAAGACUAUGUUCUCGCAUUUGUCAAGGAUCCAAUCAAUGGACCACAGAGUGUAAACUGGCCUGCGUAUGAUCAUCGCAAUGCGGGUGGCCAGAUGAUUUUGUUUGGCGCUGACGGAAAAGCCGUUCAACAAGUGAAUGGGACCUCUAUUGAAGGCGUCUGUUAUGGCCAAGGCACUUAUGAUAGCACUCCCUGA